CAGAGUUUAAGUUACACAAGAAAUGGUGACAACAACCUACAUUGGAUUUGCGUUUUUAUGCUUUUUUUCUUAUUUUGUACCUUUUUUUAACAUCUUUAUCGUUGUUAUCAUUACUUAAAUCAUCAUUGUAAUAAUAAACUGUUCAUCUCUCUCCCUCUCUCUUCCUCUAUCAUCUAGUAAAUAUCAAUUCUGUAUGUAAAACUUGUUCCAUCAACUGUCUAAUAUAUUUAUAUUUAUGUAAAGGUAAAGAGAUGAGAGAAACAUAGGAACACACAUUUUGAAUAUCAAUAGAAUAGGGUUAAAGUUGUUUUUUGGUUGUUGCUGUUGUUGAUAAUAAUAAUGAUGAUGAGAACAGGAAUGACGUAAAAAGGCCAACAGUCAUUUCGCCAAGAAUUGAAAAUGAAAGAGAAAUAAAGAUUCCUUGCUUUUAUAGACUAAACCUAACAUUUUUAAUCGAUAGAAGAUACAGAAACCUAUCGGAGACUGUACAUUGAAAUGAUUCUCACAGACUCACUGUCUACCUCUGGUUGUCCCUUUCUUUUCUUUCUUUAUGUAACUCUUUCUCUUUCACCCCCUUCUCUCUCCCACUCACAUAACCACCAAAAUUUUGCUUCUCUCGUUUUCCAGUGUAUUGUUUAUUGUCACCAUUAAUAUAGCAUUUUUUGGAUAAUUGUAAAUAAGCUUUAACCAAUUUUAUUAUUUUCCUGUUCCUUGUGUCUUUUAUUUUUACAUCGUCUUUUUUUCCAAUUCAACCAGUCAUCCUGAUCUUUGGUCAUUCAAUAUCAUUAUUAUCUUUGAUCAUAUGCUGGACUAUUAUCAUCGACAUCUUGAUACACAUCAUCUUCAGCUAUACCUUGUUAUCACUAGUCAACAUCUUUCUUGACCAAUAUUGUUAUUAGUCUUCUAAUAAUAAUAUCACUUCUUUUAUUCAACUAUAAUGUUGGUAACUGUACCUUGCUACCAACACUCUGGUUUAUUUAGGUUUUACAAUUUAUCAUGGUCAUUAUUAUUAUAAUGAAGUGAAUGAAUAGAUUCUAUUCUUAUUUAUAACCUGUUCUGUUUGUCUAAUCUUUCUUACACUCAUUUUAAACCUUCCAUUGAUAUCUUCAACGCAUUCUAAUGAGAAAUGGAUUCAUCUAUGGAGGUCAAUUUGGCCGAGAAAAAAUUUAGUGAUCAAUCGAAGUCAACAAUCGGGUCAACAUCAACCAUUAGCUCUACCCAAACAGCCAGUGAUCUAAAUGGAAAGACCAAACCAGAAGAUCAAGCAGCUGGUAAUGGUCACAGAAAACCCAUAGAUGUCGAUGCUUUGUUGAAAAAAUUGGAAGAGGAUGACAAAAUACUGAAGGAACUUGAGGAAUUGGAAAAAAAGGAACGUUUACCUAAGAAGAAACCAUCAACAACAAUUACUGCAUCAACCAUCGAAACUAGCCAUGAAAUUGCAACAAAUACACCUAAAACAAGCGUUAAUACAACACCAUUGCCCUCAUCAACUUUAGUAACUACUGCAUCAAAAUCAACAUCCACUGAAAAGGAAAGCCACUCUUCAACACCUCCACCAACUUUGAAUACAAUUACAACCCGAUCGGUAUCAACAUCAACAACUUCUACCAAUACCUCAUCAACUGUCACUGAUCAAGUUUCAACAAUUAGUGAACUGAACACCAUUCCAUUAAAUCGAAUCGGUUCCCUAGCAUUGACAUCUUAUGGAGGAGGAGCAAAUCUAUCAUCAUCUAUGCCAUCUUUAAUCGAUACUCAACAAGCUUUGCAAUUAAUUUCAUCACAAUUAAAUUCAAGACCAUCAGGUUCUUCAAUAUCGCCUCAAGAAUUAGACAAGUUGAUGGAAAAAUUGGAACAAGACAAUAGAAUACUUGCUGAACUGGAUCAAAAAGUUAAACGUAUCUCAUCAAGUAAUGUAUCAUCGCCAGUAUUUUUAUCAUCAUCCCUACCAACUUUGACUGGAAUUGCUCAUCCUGGCUUACUACCAACACUUUAUUCUCAACUUUUUUCUGGAGCCAUUUCUGAUCGUAAUAUGUUGGAUAAACGAUUGAUGUUAUCAGCGAAUGCUUAUUUUGACGAAGAAAUUGACCAUAUCCAGCUUCUACAAGCUUUGAUAAAGAAUCAAGAACUUCAAUAUGCUGAAGAUCUUGCUGAUUAUAUUGAGCUUCCCAAUCGUGGAAGAUGCCGCGUGUUUAUUGCUCGCUAUAGUUAUGAUCCUUACAAACAAUCACCAAAUGAAAAUCCUGAAUCAGAGUUACACUUAGCUGCUGGUGAUUUCAUUCUUGUUUUUGGUGAUGUCGAUGAUGAUGGUUUUUAUUUUGGUGAAUUACUUGAUGGACGGCGAGGUUUAGUGCCUUCUAAUUUUGUUGAAAAGCUUACUGGGGAGGAUUUAUUUGAAUUUCAAACAUCCAUUCUCUAUGAAGGUAGAGAUGGUGAUGAAUCAACCUGCAGUUAUCCACCUGAAUUUUAUGAUGCCAUUUUAGACGAUGUUAUGGCCCAUUCAAAUUUUCAACACCUUAUUGCACCCGAGGACUUUCAUAGGAUGAAUGAUUACAUAGAGCUUGUUGAAUCGUCUGAAAUUGACGAGGAAGACCUCUCUGAUCCAGAGCGAGCUCAAGCGAAUGCUGCAAAAGACACAAUUCCUCCACCAAAAAGAUUAAUUUUGGAACGUCAAUUGCAUAAAAGUAUUUUGUUAAGCUGGUUACCUCCUGAUUGCCCGAAAAGUUACAUUGACAAUUAUCAAAUUUAUGUUGAUGGAGUUUUAAAAGUCACAAUACCAAGUAUUGAACGAACAAGAGCCUUAGUAGAAGGUGUCGACUCAUCAAUUCCCCAUAGAAUCAGUGUUAGAGCCAUCGCACCUCAAGGAAGAGCUUCUAGGGAUGCAGCAUGUACAAUAGUCAUUGGUAAAAAUGUACCAUUUGCUCCAUGUAGCGUCAAAGCUACCAGUAUUACUGCGACGUCUGCUUUGAUUAGUUGGUUACCUUCUAAUAGUAACUUUUAUCAUGUGGUUGCUGUGAAUUCUGUUGAAGUUAAAACUGUUGGACCCAGCACUUACAAACACUUGAUUACCGGUCUCUCUCCAAAUACUAUGUAUCGAGUUUCGGUGCGUGCUAAACCCGGUAAAUUGUUGUGUUCAGAGGAGAAGAAUCCUAAAAAACUUGAAAUGCUCACUACUUUUGUUGACUUUCGGACUCAACCUAAAAGUCUUCCGGAGCCUCCUGUUGAUGUACAAAUUGAGUCUGGACCUCAGGAUGGUACUCUUCUUGUAACUUGGCUUCCAGUUACAUUAGACCAAUUCGGUACUUCGAAUGGAUGUGCUGUAACAGGCUAUGCCGUUUUUUCGGCCCAUAAAAAAUUAGCAGAAAUCGAUAGUCCAACAGGGGAUCAUGCUCUUCUUGACAUUUCUCAAGUUGAAAGUUUUCACAAAAAGGCAGUUACAGUACGGACAAAGUCUGGUGAAAAUUUAUCGCAAGAUUCAAUAGCAUGUCAAAUUCCUGAUGAAUUGAUCAAGUUCAACGCCCCUCGAAAGUCUAUUGAUAACAAUUAUUUUCAUGGUCAAUUGAGAAUGAGAAUUGAACCUGUCCAAAAAAGCCAUUCUGAUUCUGAAUCGGAGACUGAAAUCAAUCAAUUAAUGAACAAUGUCACUCGUCGAUCUCAAGUUUUUGAUCCUGUCCAACUUCAGAGUCAAAGUGGUAGCCCCGCAAUGAGAGGACACAUUCAAAACCGUGGCCAGCCUCGUAUGCAACCAUCGUCUCAACAAAUGCAGAUGCAGUCCCAUCUUCAACCACAACAACAACAGCAAACACAGCAGCAGCAACAACAACAUCAUCAACAACAGCAACAAUUUAGGCAACAACCAUCUCAUCAGCAACGUAAUUUGUCAAAUCAUCCUAAUCAAAAUCAGUUUUCAAAUCAACAUAAUCAAGUGAACCGAAAUAUGAAUGUAAAUCAGCCUCACUCCCAGCAACAGCAGCAGUUGCCUCAUAAUCAAAUCCAAUCCAACUUUCAAAAUACACCAGGAAAUUUAAAUAAUCAAUCCAACAUUCCGUCAAUAGCUAUUACCAAAGAUAUGAAUGACCCGAAGAAGGCUUUACAAGGUGGGAACAAUCGAAUUGGUGGCUCUUCUCCUCAGCCUCCUCAACGAAAUCGCCAAUACACCGACCAUGAGAGAUCGCAUUUCGGCCAAGGACGAGGAGCUAUUGCUGGUGGCCAACCUAGAGUUGUACCUAAUCGCCAGCAGCGUGAUGUUCGUUAUUUUGUGGCACUUUACGACUAUGAUCCAUUGACAAUGUCUCCAAACCCUGAUGCGGCCAAUGAAGAGUUACCAUUUCGUGAAGGGGACAUUAUUAAGAUUUUUGGUGACAAAGAUCCAGAUGGAUUUUAUCGUGGUGAAUUGAAUGAUCGAAUAGGUUUUGUGCCUUGCAAUAUGGUCUCUGAGGUUCAAUAUGAUGCUGAAACUGGUGCACCAAUAAGAGGACAAAAUGAUAAUGAUCCUUGGGCUCAUUUACAUGUAAAGAAAAUGAUUGCUCUUUAUGAUUAUGAUCCACAAGAGCUUUCACCUAAUCCAGAUGCUGAGAUGGAAUUAGCUUUUCAUGCCGGUGAUCAUAUUUACGUUUUCGGUGAUCUGGAUGAAGAUGGAUUUUAUAUGGGCGAACUCAACGGUAAUCGAGGUCUAGUUCCGUCAAAUUUUCUGACUGAUGCCAUCGACGGGACAACUCGACAUGCUACUCCGAAUCAAAUAAACAGAGGACCGGUAGGCGACUCUCGAACAUCCCAAACACAACAAAACCAAUUACAGGGUCAAACUGGAUAUCAAACCCAUCCUUCAAUCAACCAGCAGCAAUUGCAGAAUCAGCAACCGGGAUAUUCCCAACAGCAUCAACCUCAGCAGCAUCAGCAUCAGCAGCAUCCACAUCAGCAACAGCCACAACAUCAACUUGCCCACCAACAACAUCAGUCCCAGGGCCAAGGUUACGGUCAGCAUCAAUUUCACGGCCAGCCACAGCAAGCAACUUCUUCCAACCAGAAAGUAUUAACCAAUGUUAUUGGUCAAGGAAUGAGGCCACAAGGCAGUUACGGAGCUCAAUUGACUCACCAACAACAUCCGGGUCAUCAUCAACAAACAGGACCACAACAAAGGCCUAAUAGUUUGGAAUUAAGACUGAACCAAGGAGUUCAGGGACAUGUUAAUCAAAUUAGUCAGCAGCAGCAACAUCAUCAACAACAACACCAACAGCACCAACAGCAUCAACAGCAAUUAUUAAAAAACCAACAGCAACAGUAUCAACAUUUACCUCAGCAGCAACAAACUAACAAUCUUAACCCGAUCUCAAAUUUACUUAAUAGUGGUAAGAAAAUGUUAGAAGAAGCUACGACUCCAAGAGUCAGUCACCCACCAAGCUUUGAUGGCCAUGGUCAGAUGAUGCAACAACAUGAACAAAAUCAUGUUAAUAUGAAUCAACAAGGUAUUAAUCGUCCUGGAUUGAACCAGCAGCAAUCGCAAGCACAAUUACAGUACCAACAGGGGCAACAAAACUACGGCCAGCGACAGUUUUCACAACAGCAGCAACUACAACAACAAAAUCAACAACAAACAAUGAACAAUCGGCAACAAUUUGGUUACGGAAAUAAUGUCCCUGGAAUGGGCUUAGCUCAAGGUCAACAACAAAAUCAAAAUCAACAACAACCUCAACAAGGUCCAACUUUAUCUGGUGCUCUAGGAGCAGUUAAAAGUAUUUUCAAAAUUUAAUAAUUUCAGGAUUAAAUUUAAGGUUGAUCAAAAGACCAAGAUAUUAUAUCAAUAAUCUUGACCAGUUCUCCGAAAAUCUUUGGCUGUCAAAGGCUCGGAGCAAAGGAAAUGUGUAAUUAGAUGAAUCAGGAGUUGUACAUUAGCUUUGUUGUGCCUUAGACUAAUUCCGUGGAAAAAAGAUCGAACAAUUCAAACGAAGUCCAUCACAAUAGCAAUCAAUUAUAACAAGAUUUCACUGGAUAGGCAAUAUUAACAAAUUAUGGUUGGUAACAAAACUGGUUGGAAAAGGUGAUCGUGAUAUAUAAUACAUCUGAACUUAGUCUCAACCGAUUUUGGAUAGUUUUUAAACGAGAUCUUACCUGCAUCGAAACCUGGAUUCAGCAUAAAAAUGAUGAAAGAAUUGAUUGAAAAUUAAUUUGACUAUAAAUGUGUAGUCAUUGAUUCACAUUUAAUUUCCUUCUCAUCUCUUCAAUUGUAAUCUCACAGAUACACACUGAAUUAUUUCACAUUCAAUUCAUUCAAUAUAUCUAUUGAUAUUUUAAAUAUCAAUAGAUAUAAUUAUAAAUAUGUAAAAAGACAUCAAAUUGACAGUUUUCAGUUAUUAUCCAUAUUUGAUCUCAUAGAUAAUCGUACUUUUUUCUUGUUCAAUUGAGUCUGGUUGUGCUGAUUUUUUUCUUAGGACUAUACAUUUACUGAUUGGCGUUUCAUGCUUUAAUUGGCACUUUUCAUCUCACUGUCAAUUAAUCGAAGCACAUUUAAUGUUAGAAUUAAAUUCGCUAAAACUGCCUAAUGUUGAUCAUGAAAUUGAUUUGAAACAUUUCAACAUUAUUGUUGAAAUUUAAUCAAAUCAUGUUGAAAAUUUUCUUUUAUUUUUAUCAGAACUAUGUCAAUUUGUGGUUCCAAUUGUAGAGUUUAAGGAUUAAACCUGAUUAUUACCUUGUUAUCACCAUGCGAUAAUUGACUUGAUUAGUUAAUAUAAUCACGUUACUGCUUGAAUUAGUGAAAAAAGUCAUGUAAUGUAACUAAAUGAAACAAACUUGAAACACUUCAAUUGUUUAUCUCACCAAAAUCAAUCAACGAUUAAUACAUGAUUGAUUCAUGAAAUGUAACUGUAAUUAUGCUAAUAUCAAAUUUUAUUUUGUUUGUUCCUUGCAUCCAUUGAUCCAUUAAACUAAUUCAACUACAA